AUGGCGGUCAAUGCGGCCGGAGCGGGGUGGAGAUGGCGGUCAGCGUCCCAGAGCAGAUCAGGGAAUGCGGUCAUUGUCCCGGAGCGGGGUGGGAUGGCAGUCAGUGUCCUGGAGCAGAAAGGGGACAGCAGUCAAUGUCCCAAAGUGGGGUGGGGACAUCGGUCAGUGUCCCGGAUUGGGGUGGAGAUGGCAGUCUGUGGGGCCAGAGCAGGGCGGUCAGUGUCCCAGGACACGUCGGGGACGGUGGUCAGUGGGGCCGGAGCGGGGUGGAGACAGCAGUCAGUGAGGCCGGAGGGGGGUGGGAACAGCGGUCAGUGUCCUGGAGCAGGCCGGGGACGGUGGUCAGUGUCCCGGAGCACGGCGGGGAUGGCGGUCAUGGUCCUGGAGCAGAUCGGGGAUGAUGGUCAUUGUCCCGGAGCGUGGCGGGGACGGCGGCCAGUGUCCCGGAGCAUGGUGGAGACGGCGGCCAGUGUCCUGGAGCGGGGCGGGGAUGGCGGUCAGGGUCCUGGAGCAGAUCGGGGAUGGUGGUCAUUGUCCCGGAGCGUGGCGGGGACGGCGGCCAGUGUCCCGGAGCAUGGUGGAGACGGCGGCCAGUGUCCCGGAGCAUGGUGGGGACGGCGGCCAGUGUCCCGGAGCAUGGUGGGGACGGCGGCCAGUGUCCCGGAGCAUGGUGGGGACGGCGGCCAGUGUCCCGGAGCAUGGUGGGGACGGCGGCCAGUGUCCCGGAGCGGAGUGGGGAUGGCGUUCAGUGUCCCGGAGUGGGGUGGGGACGGCGGUCAGUGGGGCUGGAGCAGGGUAGAGAUGGCGGUCAGUGUCCCAGAGCUGGGUGGGGAUGCUGGUCAGUGUCCUGGAGUGGGGCGGAGAUGGCGAUCAGUGAGCCGGAGCAGGGCGGGGACAGCAGUCAGUGUUCCGGAGCAGGGAGCGGACAGCAUUCAGUGCGGCUGGAGCAGGGCGGGGACGGUGGUCAGUGUCCUGGAGUGGGGUGGGGACGGCGGUCAGUGUCCCGUAGCGGGGUGGGAACUGUGGUCAGUGGGGCCGGAGCGGGGUGGGAUGGCGGUCAGUGUCCCGGAGGAGGGUGCGGAUGGCGGUCAGUAUCCCCGAGCGGACGGGGGAUGGCGUUUAGUGGGGUCGGAGCAGGGCGGGGACAGCAGUCAGUAUCAUGGAGCAGGGUGGGAACAGCGGUCAGUGUCCCAGAUCGGGAUGGAGACGGCAUCAGUAGGGCCGGAGCGGGGUGGGGACGGCGGUCAGUGUCCCAGAUCAGGGUGGAGACGGCGGUCAGUGGGGCCAGAGCGAGGCGCGGAUGGCGGUCAGUGUCCUGGAGCGGGGCGGGGACGGCAGUCAGUGUCCCAGAGCGGUGCGGGGAUGGCGGUCAGUGUCCCAGAGCAGAUUGAGGAAUGCGGUCAUUGUCCUGGAGUGGGGCGGAGAUGGCAAUCAGUGAGCCGGAGCAGGGCGGGGACGGCGGUCACUGUCCCAGAGUGGGGUGGGGACGGUGGUCAGUGGGGUUGGAGCAGAGCGGGGACAGCGGUCAGUGUCCUGGAGCGGGCUGGAGAUGGCGGUCAGUGUCCCGUAGCAGGGUGGGACAGUGGUCACUGUCCCGGACCGAGGCAGGGACAGCGGUCAGUGUCCUGGAGCAGGGCAGGGACAGCGGUCAGUGUCCCGGAGCGGUGCGGGGACAGCGGUCAGUGUCCCGGAGCAUGGCGGGGACAGCGGUCAAGGUCCCAGAGCGGUGCGGGAACAACAAUCAGUGCAGCCGGAAUGGGAUGGAGAUGGCGGUCUGUGUCCCAGAGAGGGGUGGGGACAGCGGUCAGUGUCCCAGAGCGAGGCAGGGUCAGCGGUCAGUGGAGCCUGGGCAUGGUGGGGACGGCUGUCAGUGGGGCCUGA